AUGAUAAUAAUAGUCUGGGGAAAACCUGUGGACUUUUCUGGAUGUUCACGAAUCGAAGAGUUAGAAAAUGGCAAAGAUUGUAUUGAUUAUUGCGAGGAUAAUGUUAAUUGUAUUCUGGCUCAUAUAACAAGUUCAGACUGUUAUAAUUGUGAAGGAGAAGGAAUGGUGGAAAGCUUGACAAGUUCAGAAAAUCAGAAAAUUGCGUUCAAAACCAAUUCCACAACAUGCUCCAAAACGGAGUUUAUCGACUAUUAUUACAACGAUUAUACAAUGAAAUAUCAGAAUGAUGGAGGAUAUUGGAAUGUUGUCAAAAAUGAGGUUCCGUGGGAGUGUGAAGGAGAGUGGAAGAUAUUUGAAAGAGCAUUGGGAUUUUGGUGCGUGAAAUUGUUUUACAUCGAAGAAAAAGUUAAUGUUACUAAUACAACUAGCAAUCAGUUUUGCGAGUCGAAGGAUUCGACACUUUCCGCGUUGGAAGAUAUGAACAUGACAAACUGGGUUAAAGGUAUUUGAAAAAACAUAAAAAAUAAAACAAAUUGUUUAAGAAACUGCUUGGUCUUAUUCCGAUGGUUCCACUUCACAAUACAUUCUAACUGAUGGAAUGUGUACGUAUUACUGCUCUGGACAAUUAUCUGUUGUGCCAGAGCCAGAGUGCCAAUUUCCGCGCUCAUAUAGUUGGUAUGAUGAAAUGUAUUUGAACACAACAAGUUACAAUUGGAAAACCGAUCAACCCUAUGCUCUUUGUAGGGACGAUGUAUGUGAGCAAUGCAUUUUUUUAAUGUCAAAAAAAGGCGACGAAAUUGACGGUCAGACUUUGCUCAGAAGGUAAGCUAGUCUAUGAAAUGUUUCAUUGAAUUUCACCUAUUUUCAGAUGCGAUGUGGAAAUUUCGAUGAUAUUGUGCGGCAAAAAAGCGACCCCUAUCUGAAUUUUUUUUAAUUCCAAAUGUUUGGUUGUGAAAAUAAAUAUUGUGUUAAUCAAAAAAGUAUAAUUUCACCCCAAAAAAUUAGUUUUCCCCUCAAAACUCACAAAUUUCUCGCCAAAUCCUCUUCCAAUGUUGCUUGUUGAUAUCCUCGACAUCUCCAAUUUUCCAAAUACGAUUGAGCAGCUUCUGCAAAAAAAUUUGAAUUAUUUUUCAAGGAAAAAACUUAUAAAAAUCAAUAAGAACCUAGCACAGGGGUUUUUUCACUACCGAGUCAAUGUAAAAUUGUAAUCGAGCAAUUUGGCUCUGCCCAUCUUUUUCCGCACAGAUAUGUGGUCGGAGCUUAUAUUUUCAUAUUUCAAAAAAAAAAAAUUGAAAACCCUUUGGCUCAAAAGACACAAAUAAAAAGAAAUAAGUCGGGCUAUAUGUGUGUUUGCAGCGACCGACAUCUCGCGAGGCCGGCCACACGUUAUUGUUUUUUUUGUCGGCCACGUAACGCGCUGUUUGCGGAGGUUUUUUGUCGUCACAUAAAAUGUUUUGUACGUGAUUAAUUCUCGGUAGUAAUAAAACCCCUGUGCCUAGAUAUUCUAAAAGCGCGAGAAGCAAAAAAUGACUAGAGAUAGUGUGUGAAGAGUGGAGGGAGAAGAGAGAAAGAGAGAAAGGAUGAACUGUUUUUAUUAUAAACAACAAGCAUGUGGAGUGUCGUAGGAAAUUUAUUUAUUUUUUCAAAAUUUGAUUCAGUUUCUAAAAAUAAGCGGUUUUUGCUAUAGAGUUGUGGAACUCACAGAAAAAAUAAAACAGUUGAUUUUCAGAGCAACUAAACUCUCACGGUUUUCAGCAGACAAAAUGAUUAGAAAUGUCUCAUCAGAGAGAAAUUUCAAAUUCACGUCACGUCGAGUUUUUUAUUCUGAAAAUUUCACAAAAAACCCGCUUAUUUUUAGAAAUUGAUUUGAAUUUUGAAAAAACAAUAAAAAUAAAUUUCCUACAACACUCCACAUGCUUGUUGUUUAUAAUAAAAAACAGUUCAUCCUUUCUCUCUUUCUCUUCUCCCUCCACCUUUCACACACUAUCUCUAGUCAUUUUUUUUCUUCUCGCGCGCAUUCAUCUAGAAUAGGUUCUUCUUGUUUUUUAUAGGCGUUUUUCUUCGAAAAAUAAUUCAUUUUUUUUUGCAGAAGCUGCUCAAUCGUAUUUGGAAAAUUGGAGAUGUCGAGGAUAUCAACAAACAAGAUUGGGAGAGGAUUUGGCGAGAAAUUUGUGAGUUUUGAGGGGAAAACUGAUUUUUUAGGGGUUAAAUGAAGUAUAUUUGAUUAACAAACAUCUAGGAUUUGAAAAAAAUAAAUUUACUGACUUUCUGGGCAAAGUCUGACCGUCAAAAAAAUUUUAUUUUGUUUUCUAUGUUUUUUGUUUUGUUUUGAUACUCAUGUAAUUUUAACCCAUAUUCAUGUUUUCUAACGCAGGAAGUGUCACAUUCAAAAAAUUGAUUGCUAG